GUAACCAUGGUUUUGAUUUACGUCAUCGCGCUUACAUUCGUUACUAYGGUAAUAUCAACGCAAGAUACGUGUCCAUUUGUAAGAUACACUGGMUCAUUUCAUGACGACGACCACGUGAAAGACCACGCCCUYRUCGGGUUUUCUUACAAGAAUGUCACAGUUGCCAGUGACCAAGAGUGCUUUAGURUCUGUGUCAUGGACUGCAGGUGUUUGUCUUAUCAAGUGUCCGGCACACGUUGUGAAGUGAUGGACGAGGACAGACACACGGUGCCGGCAGGUAGCUUUGUGUCCACACCUGGAUACAAGUACUUUGGUCUCAAACAAAAGUUUAAAUCUCAGCCCAUCGCGAGUUCUUGUGGUAGUCAGUGUAUGAAUGGUUGCUGUCGACUGAUCAAAUGCCUUAAUGGCGGAACGUGCCGAGAAAAGUGCAGCGACGUCAAGCGUAAGUUCGUGUGUCAAUGUCAUCCCGCUUACAAAGGAAGACUUUGUGAGACUAAGAAGCCCUCAAGCUGUGCAGAGCUUGCCAUGCUUCGUAAGCCAUCGGGAAUCCAUUCGAUCACUCUCCCUUCAGGACAAAGUCUCAAGGUUUACUGUGACUUCAAMUCCGAAUCUGGUUUUGUCUGGACUUUGAUAGAAUCAUUUGUUUAUGAGGAACACCUACAGUUCCAGAACAAACCAUUCACGGUAGACUUCCCAGUCAACCAAGGCAACCCUGACUGGAAAGAAUACCGUAUGUCACACAACCACAUGCUGCAUAUUAAAAGUCACGCAACGCUAUGGAGAGCGACCUGCAGGUACGAUACUGAUGGAUUCCAGAAACGUGACUACAUGACAGGGUUGUUGUCUCAGACUGAUAUAUUUGUAACSACAAGUAAAACUAGUUGUCGAAGACUACGAUACAUAAACAUACGUGGUCAUUCUUGUACCGAUUGUACGUCACAUUUUAACCAAUWCCCCACGCGUCACCCCUACGUGGACAGCCACUUUGGCAGGGAAAUUGGCUGUGAAUGGGAUGCCAGUCCAGGAAGUGUUUAUGGGAAGACAACAUAUGGUAGCAGUUGGGACGACAAUUUUGGUUUUUACAUGGUAGUAAACAGGAAUCACCGCUGUACCUCGUCAUCGUCGUCUACCACGCAGUGGUGGCUGGGAACUGAAGUCUGAAUGUCCACUUAUUGGUUCGGCUCAACGAAGGGCGUGGUGGGUGCGACCAAUGAAGGGCGGUCUGYUAUCUUCCUAAGAACAAUAUACGAAUAAGCUUAAGUCGCUGUCAAUACUUUAACAUUUUAGUUAAUGAUUAAUUAAUAAGAUAAAUUUAAAUCUAAAUCCGGGUUUUCAAUGUCUCAACAAAUAAAAACCUCAGACAGAGCUUCAUGUUAAAUUCAGUGUGCACCACGUGACUUGUAAAUACUGCGUAUCCACGUUUAGUUUGACAAACGUCGAAACAUCGCUAACUGUUUUCAGUCUCUCCUCAUUUUUACGGUGUCAGAUUUAUCUUUAUUACAACAAUCGAUGAAAGUACACCAUAGGUAAUAGAAAUCUCUUAACUACGAAUAAAACAAUUUUAGAGACUUAUCAUAGUAUAAAGAGAGUGUUGUAAGGUUAAAUUAGAAUUAAGCGAUUUUAAAAAACUGUUUGUAUCUUCUUGAUUUGAUAAUGAUCCAUCUAAAGCUGUUAAAAAUGUUCAUAUUUGAUACUAAUAUCCAAUUAUUUAACUUUGAUUUACAAUUAAAAUGUGUCAU